AUAAACAUUAAAACAUGUUGCAAGUUUUUUUAUCAAAAAUUUACUCCAAUACUGUAAGAAAAUAACUAAAAUUUAUAAUUAUUAUAGAAAAAUGUGUGAUUAUAGAUAGUCCAAAUUAAACUAUGUCUUAAAAUAGUCAGUUCCAUUGUAUUGCUCUAUAUGAGCAUUAAAUAUUGUAAUUAUAACCUAGUUUUGAUUAAACUUUAUUGCACUAAAAAAGGGAUAUCACAGUUUAUUUAAUUACAAUGACUUUAUGUCGUGAGGGUAAAAUUAGUUUAGGAUGUUUUGUUACCGCAAUAAUUAUUGCAAGUGUACCAGAAAUUGUAUUGAGAAUUGAAUUUAACUCUUAUGUCCAUGAGGUCUUCAAACACACUUGGUUUAUACAUAUUUUUCAAUUUAUAUUUUUAAACACACUCAUUUUUCUAUUCUUUCAAGGAUUCUUAUAUCAGGUAACUGUGCGGUCAGCGUUUCUUGGCUACGUUUUCGCCUUGGGGAUACUAAUUUCGAUUUUAGCACCAAUAUCAUGGAAGUGCUUUGGAAUAUAUCUUACUAUUUUAGCAACCUUCCAUUAUACUGAAUUUUUCGCUAUUGCCUGGUCAAAUCCAAAAGCCGUUUCCAUCGAUAGUUUCAUUCUUAAUCACAGUUUGGCUUAUGGUAUAGCUGCAUGUUCUAGUUGGCUAGAAUUUGCAGUUGAGAGAUAUUGGUUUCCAGCUAUGAAGGAACCAUAUUUUAUAUCAUACCUUGGACUAAUCAUGUGUAUUGGUGGAGAAAUAUUGCGAAAACUAGCAAUGUUCACAGCAAAACAUAAUUUUAAUCAUCUUGUACAAAUAGAGAAAUCAGAUAAUCAUCAGCUGGUUACACAUGGCGUUUACAAAUUAUGCCGACAUCCUAGUUAUGUGGGAUGGUUUUAUUGGUCUCUUGGUACUCAGUUAAUUUUGCAGAAUCCUAUUUGUUUCGUGGCAUACACUAUUGCAUCCUGGCAAUUUUUCUAUAGUCGAGUAACAAUAGAAGAAAUAACAUUAUUGAAUUUUUUCGGACAAGAAUAUGUCAAAUAUCAAAAGGAAGUUGGAACUGGAUUACCUUUCAUCUCAGGUUAUACAAUUGAAGCGUAGCAACCCGUAAUGGUAUAAUUUAUUGUAUAGAUAAUUAAUAUUAUAAAAGUAAUGUACAUUCGCAAUAGGUAAAAAAAAAUUGUAUGUUAUAUUGUCGGAAAUAAUUCAACCUGACAGCGUAAAGUAAAUACAUCAUUAACAAAUUAAAGCUAAGUUUUAUUAAUAAUAGAAUUGUUUUAAAAUUAUAUUCGUUGUAUUUUUUGUUAAUUUUUUUUAUCAAAAUUAUAUUUAUUGUCAUUUCAUUUCACAUAAUUUAUACAUAACAAUACGUACUAUACUUUCAUCUGUUUUCGUAUUAUGUACUUUCACAUUUGCAAUUAUCAUAUAAUUAAAUUACAUAUUUUUAUUUUUAUCGAACAUAAAAUUUUUU